UGUGCAGCAGUUAUAGUGGGAGUUUCUAUUGAUGGAUCUGUUUUCUUUUUCAGCACUGUAGAAUGGAGAACUAUAAGAAGGCCAAAGUAGUGGAGAAACCGUGUCCUCUUCCUUUCACCAACCUGCCCCCUGAUAUUAUUGAAAUGAAAGUGAAGGAUGGGAGCAAAAUCAGGAAUUUGAUGGGCUAUGCCAUCAGCAAGAUGGAGCUGGACUCAGUGAGGCAGAUCCUGUUCACUGGUUCAGGCAAGGCCGUGAGCAAGACCAUUACCUGUGUGGAAAUCAUGAAACGAAGACUUGGAGAACUGCACCAGAUCACCAAAGUGCUCUUCAAACAGAUAGAAGAGAUCUGGGAACCCAUUGUGCCUGAGGCAGGCCUCGAUGCCUUGACAGUGAAGAGAAACAUUCCUGCCAUAUGUGUUCUACUCAGCAAGGAUGCCCUCAAUCCUCAGGAACCGGGAUACCAGGCUCCAGGCUCUUUCGAUGCCUUCUGGAUUGAAACACUUAAAGCAGAGUCCCAGAGCCAGAUGAAGAGGAAGCAGGGUGGAGGCAGAGGAGCCAGCAGCACAGGAAAGCACCCUCGAUCCACUGGAGGAGGACCGGGGGAGUCCGGUGGCAAGUCCUGAAAUGCCAGCACCGUGUUUGGAUGUAGUAUGGGGAAGUUGCUGAAACAAGCAAGCUGCUAUAGCUGGACAGCUGCUGCUGAACAUGGGGUUUUGCAGAGUUGUUAGGGGAGGGCAGGAUAAGUUAACUGUUUAAACAUGGAUGUGAUAGCUGUUUGAAACUGUUUUGACAAGUUUUCCUUGUCAAACGCUGCCCAGCCGUACUCCAUAGCAUGUGGAGACAGGAGUUGCCUCUGCUUCAGCCUGCUCUGUUGGUGUCUGGUCAGCAAGACUCAGUACAGGGCUGCUCACUGAGCAGGGUUCCAGCUGCAUGGGGCAGUGUGGCAGCCCAGGCAUCCGGUCUGCAUGUCAGGCAGCUGCAUGUGUGGCAGGCAGAGGUGGCUCUUGCUGUGGUACGGAGGGCAGAUGGGACCUGACAUGGAUUCCCUGGCAGCCAUCUGCAUCACUGGGGCUUGCGUGAGUGGACAGUGGGGCACAGGGCUGUGUCGGCCACUUCUGUCCUCCAGAGUCCACCUACAGAGCCUGUCGGGUGGUUUGAACGUAGGGCUUCGGGGAUACAGCUCUGUCUGAGAUUGAUUGGACGUAGCAUUCUUUCUGCCCUUCUUUCACCUUGGUGGAGCUGAUGGUUCCACCAGCCUCUGCCAAAGUGGCAGGAGUCUCAACUCGUGUCACAACUAGCCUGAAAUCCUGUAGCUGUGCAAGUGCCCUGGUGUGGUAAUAAUGGUGAGGUCCAAAGGACCCUGUUUUCACAUUCUGCUCCUUCAUAAUACACAGAGAUGGGUUUAAAAUAAAGUU